GGGUUGCGCGAACAGUACACCAAAACAAAGUCUCCCUCCGAAGUUUAAUGAUUUCUCUGUUGAAACGUGCAGGGAUAUGUUGUGCCAUUCUACAUGCCGUGCGUUCCUGAUAAAUUAACUACGAUUUGCCUUCAGAUUCCCGAGUGGAACUUGGCAUCUCCAUGAGAAGGAGAAACCGAGAUUGAAAGACCAACUCCAAAGCCACACCAGAGAGAAAUGGCUUCAAUUUCAAUCACAGAUGAGGACCUGUCCUGUCCAGUGUGUAAAGGCAUUUUUAGAGACCCUGUCAUUCUCUCCUGUAGCCACAGCUUCUGCGAGGACUGUGUGAAAACCUCUUGGGAGACGAGAGGAGACAGGCAGUGUCCUGUGUGUAGGGCGUCUUCAGAAGGCCCGGCCCCCGUACUCAAUCUGCAUCUCAGGAACCUCUGUGAGACUUUCCAACAGGAGGGAAAUCGAAGAGGACUCCUGUGCAAACUCCACCGCUCAGAACUCAAGCUCUUCUGUAAAGACGACAAGCAGCUGAUCUGCCUGGUGUGUAGAGACUCAAAGCUCCAUGACAACCACAACUUCAGCCCCGUCAGUGAAGCAGCAGCUGAAUAUAUGGAGGAACUGAAGAGGAAACUUGAGGCCAUAGAGGAGGCGCCCCCUGCCUGUAAACGAGCUAAAACAACCAAAAGGGACGACCCGGCUCAACACAUCCGAGACGAACUGGCUGUCGUACUGCCGUCGUUUAAGGAGAAGCUGGAUGCCCUUGAAAAAGCUAAAGAAACAUUUGAUGAAACAGCCCAGCAUAUCCAGGUUCAGGCACAACAGGCAGAGAAGUACAUCAAGGAGGUGUUUGAUCUUUUUCAUCACUAUUUACGUUUUGAAGAAGAGAGCUGGAUAUCUGAACUGAAGGAAGAAGAAGAGCAGAAGAGUCAGAUGAUGAAGGAGAAGAUUGAGAAGAUGAGCAGAGAGAUCUCAUCUCUCUCAGACACAAUCAGAGCCAUGGAGGAGGCCCUGCAGUCUAAUGACGUCACAUUUCAAGUAAGAAACUGUUUUUCCAUGUCUGUUGUUAUUUGGACAGCUGAUGCACUUCAGUUUCUGUAA